UUCACGCUGCUAACGUUAGCCCGGCAUCAAGUUGUCCAUUGACUGAAGACCCAGCAAGUUAAGUUUGGUCUUCGGUGUCUCUCUAACGGAAACAAAACGAUGAGGUUACUCUUAGAGUGAUUCGGAGUCAUAUGCCCAUUGAGUUGGAGUCGAAUUUGGACGAAGACAGGACCAAUCGAUUACAAACGCAACUUUUGAUGAUUCUUUUCAAGGCAGUAGAAGAAAUAAUAAACGGAUCCAAGCGAACAAGCAUCGCAGACACACAGCUGCCCGUCAUGCUGCUCUCUCACACCGAGCUGUGGAAAGCGUGCCUGGAAUACAUUUCCAGACCGUGCACGGUGCUCAUCGGGACCGUUACCGCCGCCCUGUACUACCUAUGGGGCCGCGAGGGGCAGACUCCGGUGUUAGUGUGCAGCGAUGGCUUCCGUGUGUUCCUGCAGCGGCACUGUCCGGUGGUGGCCGAGUGUUUCCGUCCGACUCCGUGGUGCUGGGGCGGCCGACUGCAGACGCUCAUGCGCGUCCUCAUCAAGUCCAGCCCCGCCGUCGCUUACAGGAAUGAGCUGAUGAAGACCCGAGACGGUGGCCAGAUCUCGCUGGACUGGGUGGAUAACUCCGGGUGUGAGCAGUACCCUGACGGGUCGGUCCGGCCCACGGUGCUGAUUCUACCUGGGCUCACCGGGAACAGCCGCCAGACCUACGUGCUCCACGCCGUCAGCCAGGCCUCGCGCAGAGGCUACCGGUGUGUGGUCUUCAACAACAGGGGCUUCGGGGGAGAGGAGCUGUUGACUCCGUUGACGUUCUGCGCGGCGGACACCUCAGACCUGGAGCAGGUUGUGACGCACGUAAAGGAGCUUUACCCACAAGCCCCUCUGCUCGGAACCGGAGUGUCACUGGGAGGGAUGCUGCUGCUGAACUACCUGGCGCGUAAAGGCCAGGAGGCGGGGCUUCUGGCGGGAGUCACCAUGUCUGUCAGCUGGGACACGCUGGAGUCCUGCGCCUCUCUGGAGCAGCCAAUCAACUGGCUUCUCUUCAACCGCCACCUCACCGGCAACCUGUGCCGUGCCAUCAAGCGGCACAGGAGGAUUCUGGAGGCUGUGGUGGACGUGGACCAUGUGCUGAAGGCGCGCUCCAUCCGUGAGUUUGACGAGCGCUACACCUCGGUGAUGUUUGGCUACAAGUCGUGUCUGGACUACUACCAGGCGGCCAGUCCAGGAUACAAGCUGCCCCAGACCACCGUCCCCGUACUGUGCCUCAACGCCGCCGAUGACCCCUUCUCACCUAAACACGCUCUGCCCGUGUCCCUGGCGCGGCGGCUGCCCAACGUGGCGCUGCUGGUGACGUCACACGGCGGGCACAUCGGCUUCCUGGAGGGGCUGUUCCCGCGCGGCGAGGGCUACAUGGACCGCCUCUUCGGACAGUUCGCCCAGGCCGCCUUCGAGCACACCUCCGACCUGCAGGCCGCAUGCACGGCCGUUGCCGCCGCACCAGAGUGACCACACCCACAAAACAGUGGCCACACCCACUAAACACACGGAGUGGCCACACCCACAAAACACAGUGACCACACCCACUAAACACAAGGGGCGGGGCCUGUGGAUUUGUUGGGCGUGGUCAUUCUGAAGGGGCAGGGUUAUAGGUUGUGUUCACUUAAAGGAGUGAGUAUUAGUGGGCGGAGUUAAAACACAUUAUCAACAUGCCACACCCCUUCUGGAUGACCACACCCACUAACCCCACCCCCUCCACUAACGCCCAUCUCAGGACCUCAUCCGCCAGCCAAUCAGAGAGCAGCUUAACACAGACUCACUGACGUUUCCUGGUAGGCAGCCAGGGAAGUGUAGUUUUUAUCCAGAUAAGUGUAGUUUUUAUCCAGAGAAGUGUAGUUUUUAUCCAGAAGAGAACUGAGUCUCUCUCUUGCACUGUUCUGCUUUUAUAGCCUGACGUUUUAAUUGUAGUAUGCAGACAGUAGUGUGUGUGUGUGAGGGGAAUAUGCACUACUUGCCACACACACAAUUCCCUAAGAGAGAAGUACAGAAGUAUGCAGUAUGCAUCUGCGCUGCCUCCAGAGUUAUGCUUUUAGUAUAGAAGUAUGCAGUAUGAGUUUAGUAUAGAAGUAUGCAGUAUGAGUUUAGUAUAGAAGUAUGCAGUAUGAGUGCACUCAAAGUGCCCGACGGGAAAAUGUCUCUCAGACCACUUUACUUCCUCUACUCUGGUAAAACUUGAAAAGCAUAGAAACGUUCCACAAAUAAGUGAUAUUGCGGUUUCUUUCUCCCAGAAGGGUGUUGUAAUGUAUUAGUGCACUAUUGUGAAGGAUAUUGAUUGUAUUAGUGUACUAUUGAGAAGGGUAUCGAUUGCAUUAGUGUACUAUUGAGAAGAGUAUUGAUUGUAUUAGUGUACUAUUGAGAAGGGUAUUGAUUGUUACUGUACUGAAUGGGACUGAAGUGUUUGUUCUUUAACCUCGUGUGUGACAAAUCUCGGAGACCAAACAGGACUCCAGGCUGCUGCUGCACCCCCCCCCCCCCCCCAGCACCACUGAGUCUCCUGAUAAAUCUACAAUCCGUCUGCAUUUCUCUACCCUACAAUCCGUCUUUGUUUUUAACUCUUUGGUGCAACCCGUCUGCACUUUAUUUAUCUUCUCUACUGUGUGUGUGUGUGUGUGUGUGUGUGUGUGUGUGUGUGUGUGUGUGAUAGAUAGAUAGAUAGAUAGAUAGAUACUUUAUUGAU